GUGCGUGGGUGGAGCCCAGAGCUGGUCCUCUGCUUGGCUGGCUAAAGCUCUCUUGGGUUGGUUUUUAUGGGUUUUGUCUGCCGAGAGGACUAGAAUUUCAGUUCCUUCAUCUCCCCCAAAUAGCAGAGGAAACCCAUUUCCCCCUCCUCUCUCUCUCUCUCUCUCUCUCUCUCUCUCUCCAUUUGUGUUGAUGGAUCUCUAGAUCUUACUCUCUCCAAAUCACAUGGACUACCUCUUUCUCAGAUCGCCAACUGCUUCUUCUUCUUCCGAAACCCGUACCUGAUCGGACCGUCUUUCGAGAGAAGGGAAUAGAGAAGAAGAAGAAGAAGAAAAGAAGAGACGUGGGUUUUGGUGUAUUGGGUCUUGUUUGCUUCCUCCUGAAUGUGGAGAAAUUGGAGGCUGGUUUGGGUGAGAUGAGGGAUGUUAUCAGUGUUGAUGAACCUUCUGAAGGUCUGUUGGCGUCCGUCGUCAGAUCAGUCGGAUGCUGUGGGCCAACAAGACGGUCUCCUAUGGUACAAGGACACCGGGCAGCACUUGAAUGGUGAGUUCUCUAUGGCAGUGGUUCAAGCAAAUAACUUACUUGAGGAUCAGAGCCAGCUAGAGUCUGGCCCUUUGAGCUCGCUUGAAUCUGGGCCUUAUGGCACCUUCGUUGGGAUCUAUGAUGGGCAUGGUGGGCCCGAGACAUCACGCUACAUCAAUGAUCACCUCUUCCAUCACCUCAAGAUCUGUUGCUGUGCAGGGUUUACAUCAGAGCAACAGUUAAUGUCAACGGAUGUUAUAAGGAAAGCAUAUCAAGCUACAGAAGAGGGGUUUUUGUCUCUUGUGACAAAACAAUGGCCAACAAAUCCCCAGAUUGCUGCAGUUGGAUCUUGCUGUCUGGUCGGCGUGAUAUGCGGUGGAAUUUUAUACAUUGCAAACCUUGGGGACUCCCGUGCGGUUCUAGGGAGACUUGUCAAGGCAACUGGAGAGGUUCUGGCUGUCCAGUUGUCAUCCGAGCAUAAUGCUAGCAUUGAGUCUGUGAGACAGGAACUAUACUCUUUGCAUCCCGAUGACUCACGGAUUGUUGUUUUAAAACAUAAUGUCUGGCGAGUGAAGGGCUUGAUACAGGUGUCAAGAUCUAUUGGUGAUGUAUACCUAAAAAAGGCUGAAUUCAAUAGAGAGCCUUUGUAUGUUAAAUUCCGCCUUCGUGAACCUUUCCGAAGGCCAAUACUGAGUUCUGAACCUUCGAUAUCUGUCCACCCACUGCAGCCGCAGGAUCAAUUUAUUAUAUUUGCAUCUGACGGGCUUUGGGAGCAUCUUAGCAAUCAGGAGGCAGUUGACAUUGUUCAAAAUCAUCCUCGCAGUGGAAUUGCUCGGAGGAUUGUGAAAGCUGCACUGCAAGAAGCAGCUAAGAAAAGAGAAAUGAGGUACUCUGACUUGAAGAAGAUCGAUCGUGGGGUCCGUCGGCACUUUCAUGAUGACAUCACAGUCAUUAUCGUGUUCCUUGAUUCUAAUCUUGUAUUAAAGGCCAGUUCGAGCAAGGGCCCCACCGUUUCAGUGAGAGGGGGUGGGGUCAAUCUACCUGCGAAUUCUCUUGCUCGUUGUGUCACUCCCACGGAACUUAGUACCACCUUAUGAAGGUUGGCUUCUCUUCUCUUUGUUGUCCUAAUCAAGACCCAUUUGGAUGCCCUGUGCCUACCUGACUUGCAGUCAGAUGGCAUCCAUGAAGGAAGAGAUGGAGUGGCCUCUGCCUCCCAUUCUUUAAUGUACACUGUAACAUUGAUAUGUAGAGAAAGCCCUUUUCUCAUGCUUAUAAGCAGGUACUGUUACUUCACUUUUAGUUUAUUAUGAACAGCUGGAAAAGAGCUUAAAAGUGACAGUAAAAGCACAUCUCCUAGGACAGCAGUACCUCUACUUAUUCAUCUUCGUUUUUCUUUUGGGGUCUUUGGCUUUGUAAAUUGUGUGAAGCACCUUCCUUUGGAAAUUUAAGUUCCUUCGCUUUUUCUUUUUUCUUA